AUGGGGACUUCACUGCUCAGCUUUUACAUGCUGCUGGUAAGAUUACACUCCAGGUGGGGACCUAUUUUCAUAGAGGGAUUCAAUCUUCCUUCAGAUUCAUGUUUCAACAUGACAGGCGAUUCCUGGAAAACAUAUUGGUAGAUAAAACUACUUUUUUUUUUUUUGCUCAGAUUAAGCUGCAAACACUGAUUUGUAUGGCGGUCAAUGACAGGAACACCUGAUAAAAGGGGAAGUUUUGUUUUUGCAGAUUAAAUAUAUGACUCAAUAUGACAAUACGGAUUUUACAGAUUUACGCUGCAUCUCUUUGGUGGAUAAAUGUGAUUGCAUUUAGGAUUUUAUCACAAAGUUAUAAAAAGAUUUAUAACUUUGUGAUUAUAUCUAUAUUUCUAUAUAUUUCUAUCAGAAUCUAUGAUGCAAUGUUUUUCAGUGUUUGGGAAUCAGCUGGUCAUCUUCUGAAAUCCUGCGGCGACAAAAGAGAAACUGGAUAAUUGAUUCUUUUAAGAUUUAUGAAAACUAUACAGGACCUUUUCCAUAUGAACUGGGCACCGUAAGUAUCAACCCAAAGCCACAGCGCAUGAAUAUUUUACCUAUAGGAAUGGUGCAAGAAGAUCAGUACAAAAUUAACUUCUGGUGUUUUUUUUUUUUUUUCCAGAUCCAAAUAGAGAAAAGUCUGACUGUUUUCAAAAUCCUUGGUGAAGGUGUUGAAAAAGAACCAAAAGGCACCAUGACUAUUAACAAAAGAACCGGGACAAUCCACGUCCACAAGCCUGUGGACUAUGAAACUUUCCAAGUUUUGGAUGUAAGACAAAAUUCCCUUUAACAUUAGUGAAAUUUUGUAUUGAUCUCAUUGAGAGCGUAUAAGGAUCUGAGUGUGUGUGGAUGUGUGUGUCAUGUAUAAAGAUUUGAUUGUUCCCCAUAUUUAGCUCACAUUCCAGGCACUGAAUGAAGAAAACGAUGUCAUAGACACACAGCUGGGUAUCGAGAUAGAAAUUGUGGACGCAAAUGACAACGCUCCAAAGUUUGUCCAGGAAGUUUAUGAGGUCAGCAUACCAGAGUCAACAGAACAAGGUAACUUUCUCAUGGUAUUGUCACGGAAAAAAAAAACUAUGGUUGCACAUUAUCAUGCACAUAAUAUUAUUAAACAAACAAAAAAUAACUGGGGACAGCUCACUGAGAAACAAAAAUCAGUUAUUAUAGGAUGCAGAUUACGUUUUUUGAGCAUUUUAAGAUUCCAUUUCUUAAAGGAGGCCUUGGUUUGAAACCAUCCAUAACAGAAAAAGUGAGAAUUCUGAUGUGAAUCUCAGAGUUUGAAGAAAAAAGGAGUUUUAGAAAAAAAAGUUUUUUGGCCCUUAUCCUCCUCUGUACCUUUCUGCUCUUAAAAUUACUGAGCCAAAUAGAGAGCUUCUUGUAGGCUAUUUUGGGAUAUCGGGUCAUUUAUUUAUGUCAUUUUUAAAGGAAUAAAAUCCAUCCCUUAUUGUUUCAGCUGAUGAAACUGGAGCUCAUUUAAAUCAAGUCAUUUCACUUUCAUUCAUUUAUUCAUAUACUGCUGUGAUUUCCCCAAGCAACCAAUGACACAACCAAUGAACCAAAAUAUGGCCAAUAACAAUUCAUGAACAACUAAACAAAAUUAUUCUUCCGCCAAAAUAAGAGUCCCACCGUAACCUUCACUCAGCAUGUCAUGCACCACAAAAAUAAAGUACCACAAGAAAAAAAAAAAAGAACGAAUAAUGGAAAAUAUUUAAUAUUUCACAUUAUUAUGUAUCAUUAUAACAACUGCUUUUUUUCUGAUACUGGCAGGCACUGAAGUGACAACCGUUAAGGCAGUAGAUGUGGACACUGGAAACGAUGGAGAAGUCCAAUACAGAAUGGUCUCAGUCAUGCCUAAACAUGAUAAUGUGGAGUUUUAUCUAAAGGAGGUACCUGCCAGAAAAAUUGCAGUCAUUUUCUUUAAUGGCUGUCUGGAACACCUGGUGAGAGGACAAACAUCAAAUUGGUCAAUCUUGGAAAAUCUGCGUCUCCAAAUUAAGUGACAGAUUAAAAUUCUCAUUUUAAAAGAGACUUUCUUUUCUAACCAAUCAGAAAGCUAAGAAGUACACCAUUCUUGUGGAGGCCAAAGACAAAGGGACAUACGUGCAGCACUCCAGCACUACCACCGUCACAGUCAAUAUAAUGGAUGGAAAUAACCACUCUCCUGUCAUCACCGGAAUUACUGUGAGCAAAUACUCCUUUGACCAACCUCAGGAAGGCAGUGAUGCCUGUAAGACAAUGAUCUCUUUGCAUUAACAAUAUUUUUGUUUCUUUUGCACUCAAGGGUCCUGCUCGUGUAACAGAAGGAGAAGAAAAUGUUGUUGUCUUAAAUGUACAAGUAACAGACGAAGACUACAAAGGGACACCAGCCUGGAGAGCAGUGUACAAAAUCCACGGGGACACUAACGAUAACUUCAAAAUCACGACAGAUCCGAAGACAAACGAGGGAAUACUGACUGUGACUAAGGUAUUUAGUCUGUGUAAUGAAGCCAAGCAAGCUCUUCAAACUUCUGUCAAACGCCGUGGUGAAGCUGGACUCACACAAAUUUGGUCCAAUUGUCAAAAUUCAAAGUUUGUUUUUGGGUAAAUUAUUUGCCUUGUGUGAGUAGAAUGGAAGACCUGAAGUUCAAACUAACUUCGAUCUCACUUUUUUACAGCACCUGGAUUAUGAAGACAACCCUAAAAAGCACUUGAAUAUUACUGUAGAGAAUGAGAUCCCCUUUCAUACAUGCAAAGUGAAGACUCGCACCAAAAGUGGACUAUGGGACGUGGUCAUCAGCAGAAAAGACAAAAGCCAACCUCCCUUUCCAGUGACAGUGGUCGUUGAGGAUACCAAUGAAGCCCCUGUUUUCCUCAUAAGUAAAAAACAAGUCUCAGUGUUGGAGAGUUCUUCAGUGGGACGACAUCUAGAGACCUUCACAGCUCAGGACCAUGAUGGUCAAGGUCAAAACAAAGUACAGUAAGUUACAAAGACCAAAGUUUCACAUCUUACAGACAACAGCUUCCUGCAUUAGCACAUCAGGAAGAACUUGAAAAUAUCUAACAUGGCGUAUUACUGUGUUUCAGAUACAAAAUCGAAAACAACCCAGCCGACUGGGUUACAGUAGACCCCAUGGAUGGAAAGGUAACCAUAUCAAAGCCUCUGGACCGAGAGUCACCGUUUGUGAAAAACAACACCUACAUUGUCGAGAUACUGGCUUUUGAUGAUGGUAUGACAUGAAGAAGUAAACAUUUUCAGUAUGUGACGGAUUUCUUUGUCCAGCUGCUGAAAUGUACGCUUUUCUGUCUGCCAGGUAAACCUCCAAUGACAGGCACUGCAACCCUGACCAUUUACAUCAUGGAUGAGAACGACAACGCUCCAACGCUGGAUGCUAACACAAUCGACAUCUGCCAAUCAGAUGGGCAAUCCAUGGCUAGCAUCGAAGCAUCUGAUAUAGAUGAGGGAAUCAACAGUGGACCGUUCAGCUUCAAGCUCCUUGGAGAUGUCGAGGGGAAAUGGAGUGUUAAACCUCAACAAGGUGAAAGCAAAGAUCAUAAAACUAAUGCUAACAGUCCCGAUUGUGCCAAAUCAACCUCUGAGUUGUUCAGUAUGUGUUCAUUUACAUCAACCCAUUUCGCACACGCAGGGUACUCAACCAGCCUGGUGAAGGAGAGCAACGUUCCCUCUGGGCAUCAUGAGUUGGAGAUAGAAGUGUCUGAUCUUCAAUCCAAUUCUGCUGUCCACAACCUGUUUGUUACUGUGUGUAACUGCGUCAACCCAAAGGAGCCAAACUGCCGUAUCCGCAAAUCUACUAGCGUUGCAGCAGGGGCGCCUGUCAUUGGGAUCAUUUUUUUCGCUUUACUACUGAUUGCAGGUGAGGGAGAAGCAUGCCAAAAAAGAAUGACAGGAUCUUCAUGAAUGAAACCUCAGUGCAGUAAAAUGACAGCUCGUAAAACACAUCACAUUUUUUUUUGCACUUCCUUGGCAAGAAAACAAACAGAUUGUCUUUGUGUGUGUGGUCCUUGUGUUCCAGGUGUGCUCCUUUUGUCGUUUUUGGUAUCAUGCAAGAAAAAGCAUGCUAUGAUAAAGGAGGAGGAAGGUUCAGGGCGUCUGAUGAACAGCAACAUUGAGACACGGGGGACUGACUGCAAAGUAUUUACCUUUUUAAUAAUAUGACCUGUUCUUAAAUGUGACAUCUAGAAACAAAUAUUUGAGUGAAUUUGUUCACAUCCUCUUUUUGUAUUUGUUUGUCUACAGUGAAAAGAGCUUUGCCUUGUGAUAAUGCUACUCUGCUCAUGCUUAAGUAAAUGUAACUUGGACUUCUUGUUUUAAAAGCUUCAAUUUUUUAACAGGUUUCACUGAAUCAUUCCAUGAACGGUCAAAGUGGGGGGUCAAUUGUGAAAAAAUCUCAAGUCCAAACAAGUGCUGCAGCACCAGUAAGUAACUUUAAAUUCAAGGUCAAAAAUAGGGCACGUAUGAUGAUUUAUUAUCAUCAUUAUUAUUAUCACACUUUUAUUACCAGAAAAGAACCACGUCAUUGACAAGAUCCCAAAAAGCCCCUUCCCAAACUGACGGACGACAACAUCAAGGCUACUAUGUGCAAGAGGUAAAGAAAAUCUAAUAAUAUUAUUUAAUUACUCUUUUUCGUCUGCAUUUAUCCUUAUUCAAUCAGAAACAGCCACGCGCUCUUAUUUAUUCUCUGAAUUUCAGUCUAAUUUUCAGUCCAUGGGAGCAUCAUCAUCAAUGAGAGCACAACAGCUGACCAGAGUCUCAUCAACCAGGGUACUACUGCAAUCUACGCAAAUCUGAGAUCUAUAGAGGAAGUUUUCUGUGUACUUAUUUCAGCAUUAACUAUGAAUUUGCCUCUGAUUUUCAGAGUUCUGGACGUCGACGGAAAUAUUCUGCAGAACAUAGUAAUUUCACAAUUAUAAAUGGAGUCCUUCCCAAAGUGCUGAAUCAGGUAAGACAAAGAAGUUUAACAGCCAAAAAACACAAAGCUGGGGUAUUAACCCUCCUCCUGUGUUAGGGUCUGCACCAACCCGUUUUUGUUUUAGCAUUGUGUCAUUUGUGAACGAUUCGUUCAAAAGAACCAAAUCUUUUAAGUAAACGUACUGAACCGAAUCACUUCCUCGAGUGAUUUGUUCAUUUCUCACUUUCUAACUACGUUUUUAUUUUUCUUACUGCUAAAUUGCCAUCACAACAACUUGCAUACAACAGGAUACAGCAUGUAACAAAUAGUGCAUUAAACCCGCAGCAUCCUAUCAUUGCAGCGGUUUGCGAGGGAACGGUGCAUGUUCAGUGUGAAUCAGUGAACGAAUCACUCACUGAGCCCAAUUUACUGAGCAGACCUGAUAAAUGGCAUACAAUGGGACAGUACACCCCCGCCAAGCGUUAAGUGAAUCAGUGAUUUGGUGAACGAAUCUUUGGAACAAAUCUUUUUAGUGAACUGGUUCUAGUGAUUCAGUACAUCUAAAAGAACUGCCGGGCCUGUCACUAUUUUGUUUUCAAAUGCUUAAAACAGUUGUUCUCAAGUCCAGUCCUCGAGGCCCACUGUCCUGCAUGUUUUGGAUAUUUCCCUGCUCCAGCACACCUGAUUCAAAUGAUCAGCUCGUUAUCAAGCCAUUACAGAGCUUGAUAGCGAGCUGAUCAUUUGAAUCAGGUGUGUUGGAGCAGACCUCGAGGACUGGACUUGAGAACCACUGGCUUAAAAGAACCACUUAAAUUAGCUUUUUUGCAUCAAGACUAUUUGACUUUGUCGGGAACCUCUACCAUACACACACAAAAAACAACAUCAGGCAUGUCCAGACAUGUGCGAUCAAUUCAGUAUAGAUGUCUGUGUGAGGGGUAUACUGCCAUAGAAAGGCCUAGAGGCUCACUACAAAAACUAUUAUAAGCAAUAUUUUCAUGGAUAAUGAAGCCUAACAAGGUAACCUAGAGAUGAGAACCAAAUUGGAUGAUAGAGAAUUGUUUUUAGUGUAAUCUACAGCUGAUUUAAGAAACUGGUCAAAACCGACUCUUAACAUGGUGGGUGCGUAGUAAAAGCUAACACAGGAGGAAGGUUAAGUUUCUCUUUCAAAAUGAAUCUGCACUUCCCCUCCUCUCCCUCUACUCUCGCCUUCCACAGAAGCUGUAUGUGUUGCAAGCAUCAGGCGAGGAGCUGUAUGAUUACGCUCCUCAUGAGUACACUGAAGAGAAAAACUCUGAGCCCAACGAUUCACUCGAUGCCAUUUCCAUCCUUGAUACACCCUUUGAUCCAGAGUCACUCCUGGGUCUGGACUCCAGGUUUAAUCAUCUGGCCUCCAUCUCCAUGCUGAGCAAAAAACCUGAAAGCACAAGUCUCUGA